CUCAAUUGAUGUGAGUGAUGAGGAAGCAAACCUGGGACGCACUCUAGUGUCCCAGUAUCUUAGGACGACCGAUCGAUGCUCCGUAUAGCACUUCCACGCGGGGCGGGGGGGACCGCCUCGGCACGGCCGCUGUCCGCCGUCUGGGCCACUGUCGGCAGAAACUCCCGCCGGCUGCUCUCGCUCUCCAGCAAGAUGGCCGCUCUCCCGCCCGUCGAUGCCUCGAUCCCCUCAACCGCACCGAGCACAUCAUACCAGCUCCUCCCUGAGGCACAGAAGGCAGGCGCAGUCGAGCAGGCCUUGCACCAGCAACAAGUAAAGGAUGUGGAGGCGUGGUGGGCAUCGUCUCGCUUCACCGGCAUCAAGCGGGACUGGACGGCCGCCGACGUGGUGAGCAAGCGCGGGUCGCUACAGCAGUCCUACCCAAGCUCGACCAUGGCGCGCAAGCUCUGGAACCUCGUCCGCGAGCGGGAAGCUGCCGGGCAGCCCAUCCACACGCUGGGCGCCAUCGACCCCGUCCAGAUGACGCAGCAGGCCCCGCACCAAGAGGUGCUCUACAUCUCCGGGUGGGCAUGCUCGUCGCUGCUGACGACGACGAACGAGGUGUCGCCGGAUUUUGGCGACUACCCGUACAACACGGUGCCCAACCAGGUCCAGCGCAUGUUCAAGGCCCAGAGCAUGCACGACCGCAAGCACUGGUUCCAGCGGUCCAGGAUGACGGCCGAGGAGCGCGCCAGGACGCCGUACGUCGACUAUUUCCGCCCCAUCAUCGCCGACGGCGACACGGGCCACGGCGGGCUGACGGCCGUCAUGAAGCUGGCCAAGCUGUUCGCCGAGAACGGCGCGGCGGCCGUGCACUUUGAGGACCAGAUGCACGGCGGGAAGAAGUGCGGCCACCUGGCGGGCAAGGUGAUUGUCCCGACGGGGGAGCACAUCAACCGCCUCAAGGCCGCGCGCUUCCAGUGGGAUGUCAUGGGUACGGAGAACCUGGUCAUUGCGCGCACCGACUCGGAAAGCGGCAAGCUGCUGUCGUCUUCCAUCGACGUACGCGACCACGAAUUCAUCCUGGGCGUGGCCGACCCGGCUGUUGAACCUCUCGCCGAGACCCUCGCGGCCAUGGAAGCCAAGGGUGCCUCGGGAGCCGACAUCGAUGCGUUUGAAGCGCAGUGGGUGAAGAGCACCAAGCUGGUGACCUUCGACGAGGCUGCGGCGGCACACUUCGAAGCCCAGGGCGUCAGCGCGGACACGAUCGCCAAAUACAAGGACGCCGUCGCGGCCGACCGCGACAUGGGCAUCUCGGCGCGGCGCAAGCUAGCCGAGUCCCUCACCCCGGGCAGACCCGUCUACUGGAGCUGGGACGUGCCACGCACCCGCGAAGGCUUCUACCACUUCCGCGCGGGCAUGGCGGCCGCCACCAAGCGGGCGCUCGCCUUCGCGCCCUACGCCGACAUGCUCUGGGUCGAGACGGGCGACCCCAACGUGCAGGUGUGCCGGGACCUCGGGCGCGCCGUGCGCGCCGCCUACCCGGGCAAGCCGCUCGUGUACAACCUGUCGCCGUCCUUCAACUGGAUGGCGCACGGGUGCACGCCCGAGACGCUGAGGAGCUUCAUCUGGGAUAUCGCCAAGGAAGGGUUUGUGCUGCAGCUUGUGAGUCUGGCGGGCUUGCACAGCACGGCGACCAUCAGCAGCGAGCUGGCGAGGAGGUUCAAGGAUGAUGGUAUGGCGGCGUAUGUCGAGCUGGUGCAGAAGCGGGAGAAGGAGCUGGGCGUCGACGUGCUCACGCACCAGAAGUGGAGCGGGGCGAAUUAUGUUGAUGCGGUGCUGGGCCAUAUCCAGAGUGGGAGUUCGGGGAGUAAGAGCAUGGGGGAUGGCAAUACCGAGGGGCAGUUUGUGUAAGUUGUGACAUGCGCGAAUAAACAGGAAAUUCUGUAUAUAUUAUACCUUUCGAACACAAGCCGCCAGAUACCUUAUUACCUUC